AUGGCUGGUUUAGACUUAGGCUCAGCUUCUCGCUUUGUUACUCAGCUUCACAGGCCUGAUCUCCAGCUUCAAAGACCAGUGGCCAACUCCGAAGAUGACAGCAAUCGGAACCAAUUUUCCGGCGAGAACGACGAUGAAUCUCACCAAGCUGGUCUAGAGCUGGUCACAUCAAACACAAGCUCAGGCGAUGUUGUGGCUCGGCGGCCAAGAGGCCGGCCAGCUGGCUCCAAAAACAAGCCUAAACCCCCGGUGAUAAUCACCCGAGAGAGCGCCAACACGCUCCGGGCACAUAUAUUAGAGGUCAGCAGCGGCUGUGAUGUGUUUGAAUCAGUUGCAACAUAUGCUAGAAAAAGGCAAAGAGGUAUUUGCAUAUUGAGUGGUAGUGGCACCGUCAACAAUGUGAGCUUGAGGCAACCGGCUGCUGCGGGCUCAGUCGUGACGUUACAUGGCCGGUUCGAGAUUUUAUCAUUGUCGGGCUCCUUCCUUCCACCGCCAGCUCCACCGGGUGCCACCAGUUUGACCAUAUAUUUGGCUGGUGGACAAGGUCAAGUUGUUGGAGGAAAUGUUGUGGGAGCUUUGAUUGCUUCUGGACCUGUGAUUGUUAUUGCUUCUUCUUUCACUAACGUAGCUUAUGAAAGGCUGCCUUUGGAUGAAGAUGAUCACUCACUUCAGAUUGGUGCUGGUGCUGGUGGCUCAAAUAAUCAAUUUUCUGAUCCAUCUUUAGGGCUUCCCUUUUUCAAUCUGCCGAUAAAUAUGCCUAAUAGUCAGCUUCCAAUGGAGGGUGGAGGAUGGACAGGGAACUCGACGGGACGGCCACAGUAUUAGGUCAAUAAAAAGGUACGGGAAAAACCAUGGAUC